AUGCUUUUUCCUCCUCGACAACUUCCAUUCGAGAUCCUUGCGAUUGUAGCCGACUUUUCUGAUCCUCAUCAACACUUUGAAGCGAUCUAUGUCAAUCGUACCUGGAAUCGAGCAUUUGGACGACUCUGCUUUCGCAAUGUGACAAUCACGACUCGAUGGCAAGCACGGCAGUUUUUCGAUUGCUUGGCCACGUCGAGUUUGCAUGGACGACCCAUUGGCCAGUUUAUGAAGAGUCUACGGUUUGCCAAUGACAUUGGUAUUGCUCCACGGCAUCUUGGGCUGUCAGCUUGUGAAUUGGAUAUGUUACCACGCUAUGCAACCAACCUUGAGAGACUCGACUUUAAGCAUACGGCAUGGCGUCGACUUGCUGUACCUCGCUCAUGGCGAUUAUUCAGAAAGCUGCAAAAGGUCCCUGAGACAACAACAUGGUAUCGAACGCUCUCGUUGGUAUGUACGGUGGGUCAUAGUUUACGGCAUCUCAAGUUGGGUGAUUCUAUCCUUCAACAAGCAGGUGAAAAGUGGAUGGCAUUACUUGCAUUUACACCCAUGCUCGACACACUUGAAUUGUACAGCGUAUUCCAACCCGUGGAUGAUGUUGAUGGCGAAGAUGAUGAGAAUGAACCACCUACAACUUAUCUCACCUAUUCACAAUUACGAAGCGUGCUUGGAUUACUUCCUCGGCUAAGGCAUUUGGAACUACACAACUUGGCAUUACUCAUGUCAGAUCAAGAACGUCAACUUGCUUCGGAUCGUGAUGGACCGUAUCCUCGAUUACAACACUUGAUCGUUCAGAGUCAGCUUGACACGUGCUACUGGUUGGUGUAUUUCACUACACGAUUCCCAAACAUCGAUCGUUUACAUUUCGAGUUGACAUGGCGUGAAACAGCAGCCGUAUCCAAUGCCUCGGACGCUGACAUUGCAUCAGCCGAACAAUCCAUUUUGACAUUUGCAUCAGGACGACCUCUACAAGAAUUGAUAUUGAUUGAUAUGACUUUGUGGUGCCGAUUUCCAUCCUAUCAUGAAUUAUUAGAUGCUAUGCGUGCAGCAGAGAGUCGACCUCGCAAACUCAGCUAUCUUCGAUUGAACUUGGAUGAUGAUGACAAUGAUGACAACAUUACCGCUGUGGAUGAAGAUUAUUUUUAUGCCAUGCUACAUACGUUACACCCCAACACUACUGAAUUGCAAGCAUUUGCAUGGGAAGGGCUUGAGGAUAUCCAUCAUUCGAUUCUCAUUCCAUUACACAAUGACUUUUCAUGCCUCACCACCCUUCAUCUCAAGUGCAUGGGACUCUUAAAUGGUGAUUGCCCUCUGGAUUUAGUGCUUGAAUGUUGUCCAAACCUUAAACGGCUGACCUUGACCAACGCACGUACCACCCUUCGUUGCCAUGGGAACAGCAGCAAAUUUUAUCCGCUUCAACAACUACGACUUUGUGAGAUGGGAUUCAGUACGGAUGUGAUGAAUUAUGUUGGAGAAUACUGCCGAGGCCUACGCGAGUUGCAUAUACAAAUGUGUAACAAGAUGUACAAGGAAAGCGAGGGUGGCCGUGUCAUGAUCGACAUGCCGCACCAAACCUUUGACAAGAUCAUCAUUGAAGUUCUUGGUCUCGACCCUGGUUGGACAUCUCCCCAAGUCCAUUUAUACCCCAUGGCGUUUUUCUCACUUUCACGAUUGGACUGGAAUCAACAAUGGAUGAAGAGGAAGAGGAUGCAUGAUGUGGUGGAGGAUCCCAUGAUUUCUGAUUUGACACGAUGGUAUCACUUGUACGACAUUUACAGCAUGUUUUCAGUCUCUGGUAUUGACACACGACGUGCUCAACGACUCUCGAGUGAGAAUGGAAAGGAAAUUGCAAGCUACGCCAUGACACAAAAGGAUUGGAAAUGUAUCGGUGAUCACAAUCAUGUGCGAUGGGUCUUUAAAAAGAAAAAGAAUUGGCGCAGAGACCUGUAUCUAGGAUAUACCAACAUUCGAUGUCGAUCAAUCAAGUUACUUCAUAUAGAUGGUGUAGACAUCCGAUUUUAG